AUGCCGCCAUGGAACGCUGCCAAAGCCAAGGGCAAGAUCGAGAGCGCACGGGUUAAGGUGGAAGCUAUCAUCCACGAAGACAUACACGUCGAGCUUCUCGAGCUCCUCGAGCUCUACUGCGAACUCCUCCUCGCCCGCUUCGGCUUGUUGGAUCAGAAGGAGGGUGCAGAGUGGAUGGGAUUGGACGGCAAGGCUGACGAUGCAGUUCGCGAGAGCCAGAUCCAGGAAUCAGUGAAGGCGUAUGCAGUAUCAUACACGCAGCCCCGCGGACGGACCUCAAAGGUCCUACGAGAACUACUCAUGCACAAAUACGGCCGCGAGUUCUCCGCAGCCGUCAUGGAAAAUCGAAAUGGAUGUGUCAGUGACCGCGUGCUGAAAAAACUGACGAUCGCGACGCCGUCUGGAGAGCUCGUGGAUGGCUAUCUCGGAGAGAUUGCGAGGGGAUAUCAUGUGGAUUGGGCACCUGCGCCGCCGCCUUUACGCGCUGUUGAUGGUGGCGAGGGCGGCGAUGGGGGAGAUGGCGGGGGCGAGGAUGACGAUAACGUUGGGGGAGGGACAUCGAGUGCGCAGCGCCGGCGCCGAGACGCAGCCUCAGCCCAACCCCCCGCCAUCGUCGACGGCGCCACGAAAACGAAAGAGACGUCCAGAGCGGCGGCGGCAGACGCAGACGCAGACGCAGUACCGAGACUGCCGAACCUCCCGCCUACGGAGGACGAGGGCGAGGACGAGAAGGGGGCGAUUGAGGAAAAGGAAAAGCUGAAGCCAAAGCCCAAGCCCAAGGACGCGAGCGCAAACGUGUACUCGAGCGCGUACUCGCCGCCUCCGCCGAUGGUCCAGGAACCCGAAGAUGAAGAUGAUUUUUCCGCGCUGGCGAGACGGUUUGAGGCGUUGAAAAGGCGGUGA